AUGGAUAUUUCGGACACCGUCGAAUUGUCCAAUGGCAACAUGAUGCCAAACUUUGGUGUUUUCACGUGGAAAAACGACGAAGAGACCAUUACCAAACUGAAGAAAGCCAUUGAAUUCGGCUACCGUCACCUGGAAAUCGGAUCGGUGUACGGAAACGAGGAGGUCUACGCCGCGGCCAUCAAAAUGGUGCUCGAGGAAGGGACCGUGAAACGAGAGGAUCUGUUCAUCACCGUUAAGGUACCCCUUCGUAAAUUUCCGGACAAUUUCAAACCGUUCACCUCCAGAUCUGGAUCUACAACGUGGACCCGGCGACCGUUGUCCAGACGGCGACGGACAUGCUCAAGAAGCUCAACCUGGACUACGUCGACAUGUGCAUGGCCCACUUCCCGGCGGCUUAUGCCAAAGUGAUCGAUGUGGAAAAGAUUUGGCAGCAGUUUGGCGCUGUCUACAGAUCCGGAAUGACGAAAGGGUGCGGAGUGGUUAACUGGAACUAUCCGGAAAUGGUCCGCGCCCUGGCAUCUGACAGCGUUCCGAUCCAUCUCUCCCAAUCAGAGAUCAUUCUCUAUUUUGUGGAGGAUACCACUAAUUGGGCGUUCUGUGAUCAAAAUCACAUCACAACCUCUACAAUUGCUACGUUUGGCUUGCCUUCCGGCCUUAAUAUCACUUAUGCCUCCAACAAGUUAGUUUUCUGCUCUGUUAGAUAGAAAAUGUAGUUUUUCUUUUUUACAGAAACCUCUUCUGGACCACAUGUCCGUCUGAAUCGACCAGUUACAAGUUGCUGACAAUCGCUAGAAAGUACGGCAAAGAGCUCAAACAUAUUAUUGUUCGUCACGCCGUGCAGGACGGGUUUAUCGCUUUUCCGACGCCUGCGGCUGCGAGCAGAAUGGUGCCCGACAUUCGCGUGGACAACUUUGAAAUUACUAGCGCCGACAUGAUCAAGAUCGAGGAGAACAAAGCCACGGAGCGUCUCUACUUUUGCGAUCGGAAAGUUUUUGUUUUUCACCCUCCAAGUUUCUCUGACUCUCGACCGUCUCGACACCGUGAAGAAUAUAAAAAAUCACGCAAUUUUUCAAAACUUUAGAAUCUGGGCCAGUUUGGCGAAUAGAGGCAACACUGAUAGGCAGAUAAUUUGGGAGGGUUUCCGGUUUUCAAUUCUCUGCUCCUUUAGAGACUCUUAAUAAUUGUCGCUUUCAGUCACACCGCUGAUAUCGUGAGAUUCGACCUGGGAGAAUCCGUCAUUAACAACAACGUAUAAGACCACUGCCAACCGAACACAAUCUUUAAUUUUCAUCGAAUAUUCUUCUGACCACUGUGUAUCCCCUCACGAACCUGUACGCCCAUGAUAUAAAAGUUUCGAAUUUUUUUCACAGAGAAGAUGACUUUCCGGCGGCAGACAUAAAAGAAUCAAAGUGCCACACCUUGAAAAGCGGCAACCGUAAAAGGGAAUAUAUCUGUUUCCGCCUAAAUUGAUGCAAUACACCCCACACCCUACCCAUUUUGUACUUUCUUUCUUUCGAUUUCAAUUCUCAAAUCCCAAAACCCAUUUGUGCUUUGCUCCAAAAUGCUUUUGUACUACCCUCAUCAAACGGAAUGAUCAUCAUCCCAUCCCAUUCACGCUCUGAUUCACUCUUCCGUUAUUUCUGCUUUUUCCUCUUUUUCUUCUUCUUCUUCUCCGUUCUCGAAAUGGAAAAGAAUAGGAGUGGGAAUUGGCUGCGAAUCCAGUGUAAUGUGGGCAGGCACUAAACUGUUCAUUACAAACCGCCAUCAGUUAGCCCAAGUUUUCUCUCAAGACGAUGGGCGCCCGUCCCUCUCUCACUUUUUCUCUCCCGUUUUUCACUCAUCAUAUUUGUCAGAACAAUGUGCGCAGAGAUAGCGAGACGAGACGGUUGGCCCCCAAUGCAACUUACAGGCGGUCUCGGGUCGCUAACAGUUUCCGUCAAACUGUCUGCGUACGGAUAAAAGCCUCUCUCUCUCUCUCUAUUUCUUUUUCUUCCAUAUCUCGGGACAUUGGUUGCUCUCGCCAAAUUGCCUGUUCUUCUUCUUCUUCUUCUUCUUCUUCCUCACUGCCAGACCACAUAGGUUCGCCGAAACGUACAGACCUCGUGCCAUGCCGUUCCCCGCCUUCUUCACUAUUAGCUCACUUUCCGCUGAACUCUUCACUUCUUUCUCUCUUUCCCUCUCUCUAUCUUUCUCUCUCUCUCUUUUCUCCCUGCCCGCCAGUAGUUCGACAAAGAGACUACGCAGGAACGGGUCAUUUUUCAUUCUUUUUAUCUUUUUAAGGUGUGACGACACAAUCUUCGAAAGAAUUCUCUCUCGCGUCUUUUUGACCGAAUUGAUCCGAAUUGCUGCCGCAAAACACUCUGCAGAUGUUCCCUUCCCUCCUUUCUCCGCGUAGGAAUUCGUUUGAACAUGUGAAAAGUGUUGCGACAUUUUAAGUGUUACUAUCAAAUUCCAUUCACUGUUAUCAUUCGAAACCAAAGAGUAAACUAAAAAUAUUCUGAGUGAAAAGUGACCGUCGGAAGCGGCCCGAGUUCUUGUGCUAUUACGUGACACCAACUCUCUAGCAGGUGACUGAUAAGGAAUCGCAACAUGUUACACUUUCGAUACGUUAAUACACUUUCUCGCUCAGCCAUCUAUCAUUCAUUCACGCUUUUUUUUUAAUUCUCCGUCGUUCCGAAGGUUUUGUUUCGCUUUUCCUCCUCUCGUCGGACCGAACGAUGAAAAAAUCACUGACGAGGAAAGAAUGGGGGGUUUUGCGGUGAUGCACGGCCUCGGAGAUUGAUUGUCCGAGUAAACGCGGAAAGAUAUAUUGCUCCAUGCCUUUUUCUCGUCUUCUUCUUUUUCUUCCUUUUCUGGGCGAUUUUUCCCAGAAAGAUUGUAGCUCUGCCAUUUCAUUCGUUUUCGCCUCAGCCAUUCAAACUCAAGCACCAAUUCUAAUCAUAAGGUUUAUGUGUCAUUGAAAAAGGAGUAGGAGAACGAGGAAAGGGAGAGAGCGAAGAAAACGAAAAUUGAAUGAGGCGGGUGUUUCAGGACAUUCGUGUGCGUGUGCGUGUGCCAGGUGACUGUGAUUUCAGCCGCAUUCUUUUCUCCCUCUCUUUGCUCCGCUCUGUUCGCUUUACCAGUAACUCUAGAGUUUUGCAGCUUCCCGAUGAUGACCGCUGACAAAGUAAAGGCUAAGCCGAGACGCUAUUUGGACAACGAGGAGCUGGAGCCGGUAGGACCGGGUCCGAUGGUUGUGUUCACGCAGUCCCAAAAGAUGUCGAUCUACGGACCAAAGUUCGAUUGUGGACCCACUCAGCUGCGUAAGCAGAGACUUCUCGAGAAGGUGGGUUACUGUAAGUUCAGCAGUCAGAGGGUUACUGUUUGUCCAUUAGUUAAAGUUGGUCUCAAUGAUCCACAACUAUGUAUAUUUCGAUUUUCAGAUAAAGAAGGAGGCCGACGAGGCGAUGGCAAUGAAGAUCGCCGAGUUGAAAGCGGCUCAGGAGGCUCUGGAUGCUCAGGCCGAACUUCAGCGUCAGCGCAACCUGGAACACGCUCGGAUGGUGCAUCUGCAGAUGCAAAUGCAGCAACAGCAACAGCAGCAGCAGCACUCGAAUCCGCACCCAGAGACUAGCUACAACGAUGAAAAUGUAGGUGAUACAGUAUGUUAUCACUUCUUCAAACGGCCACGUAAUCCGAAAUCAUACCGGUUCGAAUAAUGAGAUCAGCUGUCUAUCAUUGACGUGGUGUACAUAGAAACAGGUGCAAUGCGCUCAGAACAGAACAAAACAGAACGAUAUUUAGGAGAAUUAAAAGAAAAGUCAGUCUUAUUAAAUUUGAAUUUGGCCCCGUGAAAGGCCAAUGCGAUUUUUGAUAGAGGGGGGGGGAGAUAAUCAGAUCACAGAAAAAACAUUGGGUUUUAUUUCAGCACGGCGCGCAGAUGAACGGGAACGGAGCCGGAUACCAGCGAGAGUAUACGGUGCAACAAUAUCAGGAACUAUAUCAGAUGGCACCGCCACCGCCGCAAUACGAUCAGCAUCCGCAGCAAUUCCCGCAGUACCCCGAUCAGCAGUUCCAGACGCCGUACUACAAUCAGUACUACGCCAACAAGAUGUGA